UCAAUUAAUUUGGAGCUGAUUUUGCAAUUUUACAACGGAUAUUCCGUUGCAAGGAAUAUUGUCUAGAAGAGGUUGCAUGGAUCGUGGUUGGUGGUUGCUUAUUAUUGCAACCAUUCUCGUUAUGCUCACUUCUAAAAUGCGCUGCGACUGCCUUUUUUUCAAGAUAAGUUUUAUCACAUCCCGGAAAAGUGCACGGAAAGCGAGGUCUUGUCGUCGAGCUGUGGACCGUUUUGCGGUGCGCUUGCAAAUUAGUUUUUGUUGUAAACGAUUUAUGACAAAUAUUGCAAGAAACUCGAGGUCCAUUGUUGUGAAAAUUUGCCAUGUGAUAUUCCAAACCAUAGCGAUCCUUGUACUGUUUUUGGCAAAUCUGAUAAUUAUUACAGACAAGAAAUCUCUAUGUUAAUGCACAAUUCUAAUUAUGCCACGGAAUAUCCGAUUUGUAAAAAUAUGGAGUAAUUCAAAAAUGAUGUAUAUUGACUUACCGCACAUUUUACUGCAGCCUUAUGAUCAUGCGUGAUAAGGUGCUUGAGAAGAGAUGCCUCCGUUUUAAAAACUUUGGAGCAUCGAUGGCACUUGAACAUAACAUUUGAGUUUGUCAACAUUUUUGAAAAAAACUAAUUAUUAUAUGUACAAAAUAUAUUUGGGGUACGGUAUCUUUUCUAAACUUUUGAAAUUUGUAUAAACAACGUAGUAUUUUGUCAACUAAGAAGUAUGAGCGAAAUAGGUAACUGACGAAUAUCUGGAAGUAUGUAGAGUUAAGUUAAUAUUGGAAAAGGCCCCAUAUUCUUGAAAUAACCACGCAUCAAGCACGUUGACCCAGUACGAACCAAUCCUAGGAAAAGGCAUGAAUUCCUUCCCGCACUGUGUUCUAGAAAUGCUAUGAAUAAAUCCUUCAUUUAUUUAUUGUGGGUGGAAUAAUAUGAUUUUUUUUCUUUCCCAUGCAAACAGAAACAGGGUCUCGUCGUCUUACCCAUGUCAUGAAACCACCUUUUUUGUAGAGGGAAUGCAACGUUUUACUCUACAUACAUAUGAGUGCAUUCAUACAUACCAUAUUUAGACCACAGUUGGGAUACGAGGAAUGCGUUUUUACUCAACCCUUUUGAGAGGGGCCCUUUGAAGUGGUACCUUAGCAUGUUGCACUCAACUCCACAUAUUGCCCACGUCCAGCAUAUCCUUGUGCGAGUGAUAUUCCGCUCAAAUUGUAAGUCUGGAGAACAUCUGGAAAAUAAACCCAAGUUCGACUGCUUAGUUUAAUUGAAAGUAUAUUUGUUUUAAUUUUCAUUGAUUUUACAAUAGAAUGGAGACCGUCGAGAGAAAAAUUGACUUCAAAUGUGAGCACUGCUCCAAAGUUUUUAAAAGGAAGGCGGGUCUUGCUCAGCACCUUAUCACGCAUGAUACCGGGGCUGCAGUAAAUUGCGAGAAAUGCGCGAAACCAUACAAGAAUCAAAAAAGAUUAAAAAUUCACAUGGCAAAUUGCCAUAGCAACAAAGCCCCAAUCUCUUGUAAUAUUUGUCACAAGACACUUUCAACCAAGAAUACUUUACAAGCGCACCAUAAGAAGUUUCACAGCUCGACGACAAGGCCCCGCAUUCCGUGCCCGUCUCCACCUUGUGAUAAAACCUAUUUUGAUAAAAUCGCAAUUACGGAUCAUGUGAGAAGGGAACAUAACGAGAAUCCCACCAAAUUUCCGUGUACUCUUUGCGGGAAAGAAUUCAAAAUGAAAGCACAUCUUAACAGCCACAUAGCGUUCCACACGACGGAGAAGCCUUACAAGUGUUUAACCUGUGGGAGAAGGUUCGCGCAAACUAGCAAUUUUAAAAGCCAUCAGCGAGUACAUAUGGAGAGAUCUCAACGAGAAGUGCACCGGUGUCACCUCUGUGAUCGGAUAUUGAUAAGCAAACGAAACCUAAAUGACCACAUCCGGAAUGUACACGACAAUGUGAAAAAUUAUUCUUGCAAAAAUUGUGACAUGAAAUUCCCAACGAGAAAUCAUCUCGGACGACACGUGGAUUCGAAACACCCAUCGCGUGAAACCCCCCUUCACUCCUGUAACCUUUGCGAGUACAAGUCCCAUUCGAGAUGCAAUUUCCAAAGGCAUUUGCAAAGACACGAUCCUUGUGAGAAAAAGUACUCUUGUUAUUUCUGUGGGAAAAAGUUCCGUGAUUUUUCCAGGUUGCGUGGACAUAUCUGGAUACACACUCUUGAAAUGUAGUCCAAAGCUUGGAUUUAAUUAUUGUAAAAAAUUAGAGAACUUUUUGUUAAUGCAUGGCUGAUAAUGAUUAAAAAAAAUUAAUUUAAAUCAUGUAAAUACUAUUAAUCAUGAUUCCAUUAAAGUUGUAACCAGUUCAUGACCAAAUCAUGAACUUUAACUUCACAAUUAAUACUU